AUGAGGAAAUCAAGUCAACCUAGUUGUAAGUGUUUUACUUUGGUUUCGUAUGUUUAGGAAGACAACGAAAAUGCGGUGUAAUUGCAAUUUAUUCCAGCUUUUGGUGGAUUCUCGGCCCCAAUUAUCGCCGGAGAUGGCCCGAAUGUUGACGAUGCCGCUGGACGAAGGGAACGUGACGAGUUCAGCAACGAUGAGUUCAGCGGCGGUCAAGCGGAUCGUUACAAAAACCCAAGAUCCUCUCGUUUCGCCUCAAACACAGCCCCUAAGUCAUGUAAGUUUUUUACAAAUUAUUUUUUUUUCGAUUUUUAGGUUACUGUAUCUUCACCGUCAGCAAAAACCAAAGAGCAUUUUUUCAGAUUCCCGUGGUGGUAAUCGUCAACAACGUCGCGAUUCAUCUCCCUCCUCGUCCAGAGGCCCUCCUCCGAACAAUGGAUACCAACGAAAGGAGUUCCAAAGCCGAGCUCAAGGCGGCUUUUCACAGCCCCAAAAUUUUGGCCGGAGUGAGAACCGACAGGAUGACGAUUUUUAUGAAGCGCCUCAGCGGAAACCGUCUUCUGGAGGCUUUGAUCGUCCCAGAGGAGGCAGGAGCGAAUAUGGUAAGAGAGGCGGAAUUUUUUAACCCAUUUUUAUAUUACUUUAGGUAAAAUUUAUGAAAAAUUUAUCAUUUUUUGACACAAAUUGAUCUUUACCAACAAUUAAAUGCUUCAUUUAGAAUAGUAAAAUGAAGAUAACACGUUUUACCAUCGCAAUUUUUUCAAAAAAUCCCAAAAUCUGGCUGUUUUUCCAUCAAAAAUGAUGGCAAAAACAAAUUCCGACCAGCCGGAUUCGAACCAGCGACCUAAGGAUUUCCGUUGGAACUACAGUCCUCCGCUCUACCAACUGAGCUAUGGUCGGACACGUCUCGGCUCUUUUCGUUUUUCUUCGCUUUUCUUUCGGAAUUCGGGAAAGGGUUUUUACGUCUUUUUGCGGAAAACUGGCCGAUUCUCUUUGAUUUUUAUCGAAUAUGGAGGAGAAAAAGGUGUUUUUGAAUAGGAAGUUAGAUCAACUCUGAGAUUUUGAAUAGAGAACGGUUGGUUUAUGAGAUUUUUUGGUGGAAAAAUUAGUUUUUGGGAUGAAAAUAGGUGUUUGUUUGAUGUUUUAGGGAAUUUUGAAGGGAAUUUAUGCGAUUUUAGGCGUGAAUAUUAUUGGAAAUGAAUCUUCAGGGUUUGAUUUUGAUUUGAAAUUUAUUUCAAGGCUGAAAAAUGUAAAAUACGAGGGCUUUGACGGGUAUUUUAUGUUGUACAUGAGGUUUGAGCGAAAAUUUUUUGAAUUGUACCAAUUUUAGAUUUUUUUCAGGCUCGCCGACCCGUGAAUUCACCUCCAACCGCCGGUUCGACAAUGAUGAGCCGCGUGGAUCGUUUUCGCGCCGUGGCGGCCGAGCUGCACCACCUCCGCCCUACCUUCCACAAGGCAAUUAUCUGGACAGCCGAACCGAUGAGCGCUUGAAUACCGACUUUAUGCGGCUGUGUAAUGUUCGUCAAGUGGACUGGUCGAGGCAACAACUCCCGCAGCUGGAAAAGGACUUUUACACCGAGUCCGAAGCCGUGAAGGAAAGAAGUGCCGAGGAGAUGCAGGACUGGAUCGACGAGCACCAAAUCCUCUUGCACGGGGACAACAUCCCCCGUCCGUGCUUCCAGUUCCACGAACCGGGCUUUCCGCCCGCAAUUUUGGAGCUUCUCCAGAGAGUCUACGAUAAGCCCACCUUGAUCCAAUGCAUCUCGUGGCCGGUGGCGUUGAGUGGCCAAGACAUUGUGUCGAUUGCGAGAACCGGGUCCGGAAAGACUCUUGGCGUAAGUGGAAUCUUUUUUGAGUAUUUCUCUUGAGUUUAGUUCCUUCUGCCAGCCAUUGUGCACACGCUGAACCAGCCGGCCAAAGGAGAUUCGCAUGGACCGAGGGUUUUAGUCCUGUUGCCGACCCGAGAGCUGGCGCAGCAGGCAUGCGAUGUGGCCAAGGAGUAUUGCGCAGCGGUGGGAUUGACUGUCUGCGCCGUUUUUGGAGGAGUCCCCAGAGAACAGCAGGUAUGAGGGUGUUGGACUAGGUGUAGAUGGGAAUAUUUGAUGCACGUCAAUCCAGCGCAUUUCCUGAACCGUUUCGAAACUUCGUAUUGUUUUCAUUGAUUUAAACGAGAGACGAAAUGUCGUGAAAUUAUCGACACUUUUUCUCGUCCGAAAUAAUUGCUUUUUCUCGAAAAGGAAGAGGAAAGAUAAGAAAAAGCUUUUUAUCGGAUAUUGACAUUUCGUUUUGAACGCAUCACCAAAAAGGGGCGGGAAAUUUUUUUUUCUAUUUUGGAUUGACGUGUGAUGUUUAUGUCGGUAUUUUAGCACUACGAGCUCCGCGAUGGCGUGGAUAUUUGUAUCGCGACGCCCGGAAGACUGCUCGCUUUUAUCCAUUCGCGGGUGACCACCAUGCGCAACUGCUCCUUCCUCGUGCUGGAUGAAGCGGAUCGCAUGUUGGAGAUGGGGUUCGAGGACCAAAUCCGCGCGAUUAUUUCGCAAAUUCGCCCCGACCGACAAACCCUCAUGUUCAGCGCGACCUGGCCGGUGGAAGUCAGGGAAUUUGCCAAGACUUUCCAAACCCACCCGGUCUUUUUGAACGUGGGAUCGCUGGAGUUGUCGGCCAAUCAUAAUAUCACGCAAAAAGUGGAGGUCUUGGAGGAACAUGAGAAGGCCAAGCGCCUGGAGAGCCUGUUGGACGAGCUGCUGGGAAAGAAUGAGUAUGGAAAAGUGAUUACCUUCUUUGACACCAAGAGAAAGGCCGAUGAAAUGGAGAUCCGGCUGGGCAGAAAGUGGCCGGUUCUUUGUAUUCACGGCGAUAAAACCCAACAAUUGAGGGAUCAGGUGAUGGAGGAGUUCAAAAAGGGCAAAGGAAGAAUCUUGUUGGCCACGGAUAUCGCGGCCAGAGGAUUGGGUAGGGCUUGUUAUAUUAUACAUGAGGAGUAAUGAAAAAAAAUCGAAAUUUUUGAAUUUUUAUACCGAUUUUGCCCAGGUUUGGAUGCGGGGAGCGACGAUUGGGGAAAAAGACAAUUGGGAAAACUGAAAAGUAUUAUUUUCUUUGAUGUAAGUGUCGAAAUAAGGAUAAUCGAGGCGCGAAUUUUGAAAAUGACAUUCAUUUUUUUUGGAAUGUUACUUUUUUCCUUAAGUAGUACUGUAAAGUAGUAAUUUUUUGAAAUUUUUUUUUCACAAAUACUCGAUUUAGAGGUUUUCGAUGGUGGUGAUUUCGAAAAUCUUCUUCAUUUUUUUCUGGUUUGAAAUGAGGACCCUCGAAAUCCCCUAAAUCGAGUAUUUGAAAAAAUUUCCAAAAAUUACUACUUUACAGUACUGUUUAGGGUAAAAAGUAACGAUAAAAAAAGAUGAAUGUCAUUUUCAAAAUCAGCGCCAUCGGUUAUUCUACUUUCGAAACUUACAUCGACAAAACAAUACUUUUUGGUUUCCCCAGUUGUGUUUUUCCCCAAUCGUCGCUCCCCGCAUCUAAACAUGGCCAAGAUCGGUAUAAAAAUCCAAAAAUUUUAAUUUUUUUCCAUUACUCGUCAUGUAUCGCUCUCCAAAAAAAAUCGAAAUUUUAGGUUUUUACACCGAUUUUUUUGGUUUUUUAUCCCGAAUUUUGCCCAUUUUUAGAUGUGUCCAAUGUGGAAGCCGUCAUCAACUUUGACUACCCGAUGAGCACCGAACAGUACGUCCACCGAAUCGGUCGCACCGCCCGGCAUGACAAGAAGGGACUGGCCGUUACGUUCUUCACCCGCCACAACGGCCAGCGCGCUCAGGACCUGAUCAAAGUCCUGGAGGAAGCGAAACAAGAGGUCCCGGAGAGACUCAGAGAUCUGGUUUAUCCCAGCUCCGGACAUUACUAUCGAUCUUCCUCACCUCUCUAG